ACGAUGGCAACCAGCGAGGGAUCGGCGCGCAUUCAGUUCAAGGCGCUGCGGGGAUUUCCAGCUAUCGGCGAUGCCAGUGAUAAGCUGGAGACACAGGCCUUCCUCGCCGCCUCCAAGGAGAUAGUAACCGUCAUAGAGAGCUUCGGCAAACUAUUCACACCCGUGAUCAGCGACAUGAACGGCAACAUAAACAAACUGACGAAAGCCUACGGAGCGGAUGUGCUAAAGUACCAGUAUCUGGAGGAUCUGAUUGUGCUGAAUGUGAACGUGGACGACUUUGCUGCCAACGCGCUGCUCUGGCUGAAGCGCGGCCUCCAGCUCAUUUGCACCUUCUUCGAGAACAUCUACAACGAUGCCCAGGCCAAGGAGGCACUGAAGCAGCACCUGCAGGACGCCUACGAGCGCACCCUGAAGCCCUACCACGGCUUCAUUGUCCAGAGCACAAUCAAGAUCAUCUACAGCUGGGUGCCCACGCGCAGCCAGCUGCUGGGCCAGGGAGACGCCCAGGCGGAGAACAUCGAGGUGCUAACCACCUUUCUGCCGCGAAUGCGCGCCCAUCUGGACUCGAUCGAUGCCCUGCUGAAGGCGCACAAUUUGGACGAUGCACGGAAGGUGUGAUCGGCGUUGAUUGCAUCGUUCCUUAUCCUAGCCUAGUCUAGCUUAGCUUAAAUAGCUUAACCUACUUUAUUAUUUAUGCCAAUGUCCAAGUAAACCUCAGAGCCUUACUUAUAAACUGCA